CUAAAGUUCAAACUUGAACAAAGAAACUCAUCAACGUUUUCUUUUCUGACAUUCAUGAGGGUCAAGCUGAAGCCAGGAUGCUACAUAUACAGCUGAAGCAGAGAACAAAGGAAGGGAAAGGAUAGCAAGAAUGGGGCUAAAAUAGAGAAAAAAUGGAAAGGCUAAAAAAAUAAGGGAAAAAGCAAACAAAUCGUGAUGUAAAAAACAUGAAGUCCCAAGUGAUGACGGAGGAAUAAACGCAGAAAGAUAAGCAGCAGUGUAAAUAAAGAACAUAAUAAAAGCCUCAGAGACUCAGAGGCUGAGUGAUUGUUGGACAGAAGGUUUGCAGAGACAGAGGCUCUUUGUGGACCGUGUGGACAAAGAGCUGCUGUCAGCUGAGCUUCAUGCGUCGGGUCACAGUGGAACAGACACACACCGAGUCGGACGCUCCAGCGCUGCCGCCUGCUCCUCUCAGCUGCUCCUGUCCUCCGGCUGCAGGGAUGAAGCACCUCCUGGGAACGCUCCUGCUGCUCUGCUCCGUGAUGCUCCAUGAGGGAUCUGCACUUCGCUGCUACAAGUGCUCCGAUUACACGGGACGCUGUGAGAACGUGCAGGAGUGCACGUUUGAAGACUCGUGCAUUUCCCUGAGCGAAAGUGGGGGGAAGACGAUCCGUCAGUGCAUCAGGUACACGGACUGUGACAUUUCCCGCCUAAAGCAGAUGUUUCCGGCGAUAUCCAGCUUCUCUUAUCGAUGCUGCAACAGCAACCUAUGCAACUCGGGCAGCGCAGUUACCACGGCAACGCCAGUGCUGGCCCUGAUGGGCUCCCUGCUGAGUGUCUGCUUGUGCUGGCUGUGAAGAACUGCUAUCACUCUGCAAUUCUGAAAUGGAUUUUAUUUAAAUAACAUCCGCUUCUCAGGUCUAAAAAUGUGUUUGUAAAUCGACUUUCAAAUUCAUAUUUUGUGGGUUUAACAAUAAAGAAAGAAGUUUAAUGCUU